UUACUGUUACUUACACAAAUAAUACUUUAAUUAAUUUAUCUAUAUUGUGAAAGGUUCAAACUAAGCUAUAAAGUUUCAGUAGUGUACGAGUACAAUUACUGUAGUACCCUUAAACCUUGAAAGUUAGCCGGAUUUAAAACCAGUUUUGAAAAUAAGCCUCAAAUUAAAAUUAAAAGGUUUCUCGAAAAGCCGGUAACGACAAUGCCAGUUUGGAAAGUUUUUUAACUACCACAAAGUCUCAUGUGUAGCACAUACCUGUGUAAAUUAUGCUGAAAAAAUAUUUUGUAUGAAUCAUUAGUCAGACAGAUGGAAAGAUAUCAAUUAUUGAUAUCGUAUUUUACAUUCAAAUUAAUUCACAUACAAUUUAUCGGUCUAUGCAAACCAGGAAGUUAAAUCUCAUUGGUUUCUCGCUUUGAUAGUAGCUGAUUAUCACAGAGGUACCUCAGUAUAGAAGUACAUAGAAGGAAAAGGCAGGUUUCCUCAUUUAUCAGAAUGUGGAACCAAACCCAUUUGAUGGUGCUUAUACUACUUGUAGUGCUGAAAUCACACGCAGUAAAAUCUCAAGAGCCAUGUACCAGAAGUCCUGGCUUUACGGACCCGAACAUUGCUGGUGCAGUGUAUGAAUCCAGUGUAUUUCAAUUUGAUCCAAAUUCCCCUCUCUACAGAACGGACACUACAAUCGAAGGAAUCAACGGAGGAACGGAUGUUAACUCGGGAGUUACUCUAACUAUCGCCCGUACACAGGCCACACCAAGUUCAGUGAAUUUGAAUGAUCUGAUUGAACUGGUAACAGAGACUGUGUCUGGUUCGCCCUUCGGACGGCGGACUUACAUUCGAUUAAAGAAAGAAAUCGACAGAGACGGAACUUCCUUCACGGCUGUUGAUGAUCUGGACACCAUUGAAUUUGAAAUAUCAUGUGUGUCACUGAAAAGUCCCACAGAAACCAAGUAUUUCCUUGUGCAACUCAAGAUUCGAGACAUCAACGAUAAUCCGCCCAUCUUUGUUAAUGCUCCGUACACAGCUUCAGUUGAUGAGUCAGCUCCUGUUGGAACCACAGUGUAUUCUGGGAUAUCAGCAACAGAUUUGGAUGCUGGAUCAAACAAAGAGAUAGAAUUUGCCAUAGUUGCUGGAGAUGGUAGUAUUAAUGAUGGUUCCACCAGAUUUCUACUCCCGAUAACAUCACGAGGAGAAAUUGUUGUCAGACAACCAUUAGAUUUUGAGUCUGUUCAGUCAUAUACUCUUACAAUAUCUGCAACUGAUAAAGCCAGUAAUCCUGCUGACAGAAGACAAGCUACCACCACCAUAACAAUCAGUGUCAAUGAUGUCGAUGAUCUGGGACCCAAGUUUGUGUACACCGGGUGUGUUGAGGUGGACAAUGUCUGUUUCAACCCAAUUUAUUCAACUAGUGUGACAUCUGGAUCGACAGGUAGUACACUUGUAUUUAAUCCUGUACCACUAAAUUCUGGUAAUCCAAAUGCUGUUGUGAAUAUUGUGGCAGAGGACAGGGAUACUCUCAAUGCACCUAUCAACUGUGUUAUACAACAAACUCUUCCAACUGGCUACCAGAUUAGGUUCCAGGUUACCACUCAACAAGUGUCAGGUUCAGCUAACCAGUACCAAGCUAUUGUAACCCAGACCAGUCCCUUGGAUAGAUCCCAGGUUCCUGAGCUCGAACUCUUCAUUGAGGCUCGAGAAACUCUGACUAACAGAUAUUCCAACAGAGCGACAAUAAAGAUGACUAUUGCUGCAGCCAAUAACAAUAACCCAGUUCUCACUGUAGAUCUGAAUGACAAUUCUCCCGUGUUUGAGGCACCAAGGUAUACUGACACAAUUGUUGAAGGGGACUACACUACCAGCAACCAAGUUCUUUUGGAUGUCAAAGCUACAGAUGAUGAUAGUGGUGCCUUUGGUGAUAUUGCAUAUACCAUACAAAGUGUUUCAAACAAUGGGGCUUCUAAGUUCACCAUUCGGCCAAGCUCACAACAAGGACAGGCCUCAAUCAGCUGUGUGGGAACUGUUGCAGAAGGGGAAAUCUAUGUCAUUAUGGUCCAAGCUACAGACCAAGGACAGCCUAUUGCAGAAAGAAGGAGUACCUCAGUACCUGUAGAAGUGACCGUGACCCCAUUGGGAACACGUCCUCCUGUCAUUGAUGCUGCCGCCCUUGCAAUCUCUGUCAGUGAGGCAGUACCAAUAGCCUCUUCUUUGUGGACAGUUCCAGCCAGAGAUCCAGAGGGCCUACCUCUAACCUUUACAAUAACUGCUGGAAAUGUUAACAGUGAUUUCAUAAUCAAUUCAACAACAGGUGAACUAAGAACAGCAAGACGUUUGAAUAGGGAAGGAACACCUCAAUAUACGCUAAAUAUUCAAGUUCAGGAUCAAUCAGGAUUGACUGCACAGACAACACUUACAAUUAUUGUACAAGAUGUCAACGAUAACAACCCUGUUUUUAUACCAACGUCCUACACAUUUAGUGUGUCUGAGGGCAGAACAAAUGAACCUGUAGGAACUGUUACGGCAACAGAUUUAGACACAGGAGCUAAUGCCCUUGUAAAUUAUCAGAUAUCACCAUAUUCAUCAACUGACUCUGCAAAUUUAUUUUUCAUCACUUCAACUGGAGCCAUCACAACAGCGACAGCAUUAGACUAUGAAGUUAAGCAAAGACACGUCAUUCUGGUGCUGGGCACCGAUGGAGGUUUUAGCAGCAGGACAGGAACAGCCACCGUCACCAUCAAUGUUCAGGAUGUGCAGGACGUGAUUCCUUUGUUUACAGAGACCAACAUAGAACGCUCUAUUCCAGAGAGACAACCAACUGGGACAUCUGUGGCUCAAGUCUUGGCCAUAGAUCAGGACACAGUUGAUAGCAUCACUUACAAAUUCAGUACAGGAGAUUUCAGUGUUUUCAAUAUAAACUCAAUCAGUGGUGUUAUUACAAACAACCAGCUUCUGCAAUAUGAGACAAAGAGCCGCUACGUGUUCACAGUGACAACAGCCGAGGGAGAGUCUUCUAGUGCUCUCUCUGCAACAGCAACAGUCACUAUCAACAUACAGGACAUCAACAAUUACCCUCCAGUGAUUCAGGCUGUGCCAUCCAAUUUGCAAUUCCUGGAGAACAUUCCUGUGGGAACAGAGCUUUUGUCCAGUAUCACUGUGACAGAUGCUGAUGCUCCGAAUACUGCCAACAGUCGGAUAACAUUUAGAAUUACCUCGGUAACUUCUAGUGCAACAGUUCAAAACCCAAACUUACUACAGUGGUUCUACAUCAACCCUGAUAAUGGAAAAAUAACCCUUGCGCGGUCAUUUCAAGAAGAUCCAGGGGUUACCAGUUACAAUAUUGUUGUCAACGUACAAGAUGGCGGAGUGCCACCUUUAUCUGACUCCAGCAGGGUUACAAUGGCGGUGAUCAGAAACACUGCUCCAUUUUUCCCUGCUCCCAAGACAACCACAGUCACCAUUCCUAACACCCGAAACAGUGGCUCUGAAGUCACCACCUACACCGCUACAGACAAUGAUGGCAGGCCCGAGUUUAACCAGGUGACCUACUCCAUGGUAACUGACGCGACAGCAUCCUCCCUGUUUAGACUGGAACCAACAAGUGGUAGGAUCUUUCUGAUCAGCAGCCUUACAGCUGAUGAUGCACCGCGGUAUCUGCUGACAAUCACAGCAACAGACAAUGGUGGUUUGUCAGACACAGGAACAGUGACUGUUAAUGUGAUGAACCGCAGUCUGAAUGACUCUAAAUGUAGCACAAACUUAAAUUCGCCAAGAUUUCUUGCACCCGUUUACUUUGUUAAUAUCAAAGAAGGAGACUACUCAUUGAAUGAUAAACAACUUAUUCAGGUAUCUGCCACGGAUAACGAUGAUGGAUAUGACGGUUAUAUUUUAUUUGAUGUCCAGAGCGUUUCAAACAACGGGAAUGCCAAAUUUAAGUUAGAGCAAGAUCGGUUAAAUACAAAUGCUAAUAUUAUUUGCUCUGGAACCUUAAAUAGAGGUGAAACCUAUGUAAUCAUGGUACGAGCUUCCGACCAAGCUCUACAGAUGGACAGAAGAAGGAGUUCAUCUGUACCUGUCGAGGUCAGAGUUGUUCCAUAAUCAACAAAUUCCAGGAAUGAAUUACAUUCACACUUCAUUUCAAAUGGAGAUGUUAGUAGUGCUUAUUGAUUGGAUUCAAUGUCUAGUCGAAAUGUUUUU